AUGUGGCUGCGAUCUCGUUGGCUUCUGCUGGCCUUGCUGGUGGCUCUGGACUUUGGCCCCCUGUCCGCAGAUCCUGUUUCCCAGGACGUUUCACUGGCAGAGAACACUUCAUUGCGGCAAAAACGCGGCACCAUCACCUUGGAUUUCGGUUUGCUCCUGCGCAAUUUGCUGCUCAAAAGCGCCCAAUUGUCCUCGGCCAAGGCUAAUCUUACGAGGACAACGCGUCGUCCUCCGGUGACCACAACAACCACUCCGGCCCCUCCGCCUCCUCCGCCGCCCCCGCCAAGGAUAAGGCGUCCCCUUUGGCAUCCGUUCUUCAGUUCCGGCUACCUGCCCUUCGAUUACGAUGCGGAUUACGCGGAUCUGCGACCUCCAGCCAAUCGGCCGCCAGCUCCUCCUCCUCCACCACCACCAGCACCCACUGCACAGCCGCCCAGGAAAGUCCGUCCACAGUUGCGCCCCUUGAGUGCAUUCUACGCCCAAAGGACACCGGCUCCUCCGCCUCCCCCUCCUGCUGCUCCUGCUCGUGCUCCUCCACCACCGCCGCCUCCUCCCUCUCCACCAAACUACGAUUAUGACUACGAUUAUGAAGCUCCUCCGCCGACGGAGGCACCACCGCCGCCGCCUCCUCCGCCACGCCCCAGGAAUCGGCCACGUCCCCGCCCACCACAACAACAACAACAACAACAGCAACUGCAGCAGCAACAACAACAACAACAACAACAACGACGUCCUGGGCAACUGGGCGAUCGUCUUAUCUAUCAGUACGCACAACCUACUGAUACCUUCUCUAGGUCGCAAUCCGUGGCGGAGGCGGUGGUCAACGGGGAUGAAGGUGUUGACGUCGCCGCCGGAGAAUCAGAACCGGAUGCGGAUCAGGAUGCGGGUGCCAAUGCUGCUGAUGCUCCUCCUCCUCCUCCUUCUCCUCCCUCCUCCGCUCCACCGCGAUUCUUGGUCAACUAUGCGAGCGACAGUGAUUUUGGGUCACCAACUGCGGCCAGCCAGGAUGCACUUCCUCCCAAUUCAGUUGGGUUUUCCGGACCUUCCGGCGGCUUCUUUGGCUAUCCGCUCUCCAAUCAGUCGCCGAAUCAGCAGCAGUACUUUUUUAACUAA